AUGGCUUCUGUCGCUGUAAAGAGAAAAAUGAAUACAAAAUCAAUUAAAGAAAAGUACGCUGCUUUAAGGGAAAUUGGAGAAGGAUUGUCAAAGUCUCAGACGGUAUGUGGAGAGGGUGAAUUUGUAUUGUUUUUUCAUAUACAACCUAAUAAAUCACUUAAUCUUCAAUCUGAGAUAUGUAUAGGGGAAAAGCACAGUAAAAUUCGUCAUACAGGAAUGUUUGCAGCAAAUGCAGCGGGUGAUAAAAUUUCUAUGAUUGUAAUAGGAAAAUCAAAAUCACCUUGCUGCUUCAAAGGAAUUAAGCACUUAACUUGCAGAUACAGAAAUAAAAAUAAAUGCUGGAUGGAUAGCGUACUGUUUGAAGAGUGUAUACGAGAAAUAGAUACAAAGUUUACAAAAGAAAAGAAAAAAGUAGUGUUCAUAAUUGAUAGUUGCCCAGCACACCCUGAAGCUUGA